AUGCGGGCUCACUCACUGUUGAUGCAGCCGAACUCGAGAGCUCAAGGUCCGCUGGCCAGAAAUAUGAAGCUUCGACGCGAGUUUGCCGGAAUAACAAUAUGGCCGCCUUUCAUGACGUAUCAUGACACGCUCUCGCACACAGUUACCGAGGAAGAAGUUCCAAUCAUUGAUACGCUAGUAGAUAAUCAAGCAAGUUGUAGUACUAGUAAAAAACCUUUUUUGGAUUUAUCUGAUAAGCAAAAGAAAAGGCGUUCUCUCACACUUCUAGAUUACACUGAGGAGGAACUUCUUUAUGCUUUAUGUUUUAAAUUAAAAGAAUCCAACAAAGCAAUAUUAGCAUCUAUAAUAAAAGAACUUAGUCAAAAUGAAGAAAAAUGUGAAAUCGUAAGUGACGUUUUAUUCACUGUAAAAACUGUGAAAACUGUGAAACCGUGUUUACCUGAUAAUAAGGCGUUGGCGCUUGUCACGUCAUUAAAUCUGUCAAAAUGGCAAUAUCUUAAUUUGAGAUCUAUUCUUGCUUCAGAUAAUAUUUUUGGUCUUCCGUCCUAUCACAAGCUUCUGGACGCUAAAAAAAGAUGUUAUCCUCCCGAGACAGACAUUAUUGUAACUGAAUCUGAAGGUAGGAUAAGACUUCAAUCUCUUCUAGAUUUAACUACUAAUAGGAUAUUAAAAACAAUUCAGCACAACUCUGCAGACAAAAAAUCCUUAAAACUGAUAAGCAAAUGGGGUUUUGAAGGGUCUUCUUCUCAAAGUAACUAUAAACAAAAGUCAAAGUACGAUAUAAAAAUUGACGAUUCCUCAGUAUUUAUGAUUAGUUUGGUUCCGCUUCGUUUAGAAGAAGGUACUAUCUUAUGGAAAAAUCCUACCCCCUCAUCAACAAACUACUGUCGUCCAAUUGGUUUUAUAUUUGCCAAAGAAUCAAAUGAUUUGAUUAAGAAGGAGAGUGCUUCCAUGGAGGAAGAAAUACAUAAUCUUGUUCCUACAGUUGUAGACAAUUUUGAGGUAAGUCAUGUUUUGUACAUGACUAUGAUUGAUGGGAAAAUUUCCACUGUGAUUUCCAACACUUCUUCUGCAGCUGUUUGUAAUAUUUGUAAUACUCCACCUAGUAAAAUGAAUGACUUGGACUAUGUAUCCAAAAGACCCAUCAGAGAUGAUAUGUAUAAAUAUGGUUUGUCUUCGCUCCAUAUGUGGAUAAGAUGCAUGGAAUGUAUUUUACACAUUUCCUAAGUCGUUAAGCAACUUUCGCAAGGGUCGGUCACGGGAUGGGUGACCAAAAAAUUAUUAUCGCGAGCUACUCCGUGCUUCGGAAGGCACGUUAAACCGUUGGUCCCGGCUGCAUUUGCAGUCGUUAAUACCCUGCAACCCGCAUUGGGCCAGCGUGGAGGGUCAUGGCCCAUCCUCCUUAACCAUCCAUAAGGAAGGCCUGAGCCCCUGCAGUGGGGACGUAAAAGGGCUGGUGAUGAUUCAUAUCAUGGCAUGGAUGUAAUUGCAGUGACAAAUUGAAUAGCAAAUAAUGGUUACUAUGGUAACAUUUUAAUUCCCUAUACAAACAUCCACUCCCAUGUUCAUUCUUUUCGCUUUCGUUCACCACAUAUGUCGUAAUUUUUUUAAAGUCGGUCCAGUAGUUUCGGGAUCUAUUCGUUCCAAACGAACAAACAAUCAAAUGUUUCCUCUAUAAAAUAUUAGUAUAGGUGACCGUCACCCUUGCACACUUUAGACGGAAAUUUUGCAUUGUAAUUACGUAUACUUCUGUAAGAGGCGGAAGAUCCUUCAAGGAUCUUCCUUUAGAUUUGCACCGACUCUCACCAUUGUGUGCAAGUGAUUUGAAAAUAAAUCACCCGUAUACACCAUAGAUUAGCGUUUCAUAACAUCUACUGGAAUGGGUCGAGAAAAUGUGUAGAAGACUAUAGACAAACAUUUUAG